UGGGCAUCACUAUUAGAGACAUAGCAAUAUUUCUGAAGGAAUAUCACUGACACUAGUUGACAUUGACAAUUAGCCAGUAUUCAAUUCAAAGGUAUUUUCAUCGAUUGAAUCAUUGAAUCAAUAUGUCGAUUCCGUCGGGGAAAGAAAGAACCGUAAGUGUGCAUAGCGCAAGAAAAAAGUCUCGAAGAACCACUUCCGACAUAAAAACUCCUGAUCUGAGAGAUGAUUGGAAACAAUUCCCAGUUUUGUUUCAAAAAUAUUGCGAAGCUAGGCUAUGCCCGAUGUAUCCGAAAGUUUAUAAUUUUUUAGAACGGGACGAUGGACAAUUUAUACAAAUAGAUUAUCCUUUAAGCAAUAUGGAUUACAAGACGACCGAAAAUAAGUUGGUUAUUUACACUUACACCAAUAGAGAAAUGAACAUAAGGAAAACAGUGUGCAAAUGCCCUCAUGUUAUUGAUACCAGAAUGUUCUUUGCACUUAACCAAACACUAUUAAAUUAUUCUAGCAUGACAUGCUUGAAAUUAGAAUUCUGCAAUAUCGGUGCGGAUCAUAUUAUUAUUCUUCAAGACAGUUUGAAGACAAAAAACAUCAUAACUGAAUUAAGUUUAGUUGGAAAUCCGAUAAAAGAGCAAAGUUACUAUCGUCUUAUUUAUUGUGGCCUGAAAUCGUUGAUACUGAGAUUUUGUGAAAUUACUGAUAGAGGAUUGAAGAAAAUAGCCCGAGAAUUUUUAAAUCACGAUUCCGAUUUUGCCACUUUAAUUCAUUUGGAUUUAUCUAGCAAUAUGAUUUUUGAUGAAGGCUGCAAAUAUAUCGCAACAAUUCUAAAAUGCGAUAGAACUUUACAAUCCAUAAGCUUAAUCGAUUGCAAAAUCACUGAUGUGGGCUGCGCUACGCUUAUUUCUUGUUUCAAUAAAUUCGCAUUGAAUUUUGAAGAAGUUUAUAAACGCAGAACCAUUCGACUAGAAUAUUUAAAACAGCUUCAAAAAGUCAACGUGGAUAAGGACGAACCAGAAUUUAUUUUAUUGGAAAAUAAAAUCAAUCGAUAUCCGUUUACUAAUCAUGAAUCAUUUGCAGCGGAAGGUGAAAUUUUCUGCAUGGGGAAUUACACCCUCAUCAGCUUGAACAUAUCUCACAACAACCUGACAAGUUCAAGCUUAGAUUUAGUUCUCAAAUCACUCGUGGAGCAAACAGAAACUUUCGGCAAUGGAAAAGGAUUGAGGCGUGUGAUUUUAGAAGGCCAAAAUACUCCAGAGUGUGAAGAUAUCAAAUCUAAAAUAUCGGAUUUUUUGUCAAGCAAAAAUCGUAAAUCCCAAACUACUAGCUCGGCGGAGGGGAGUAUGAGAAGUAGAUCCAGUGCUGAGGCUCAUAGUUCUGCUCACAGUGCUGGUUUCGAUAAAGAAGAGAAAGUUUCAUUUCAAUGA